UUGAUCACCACUCUACACCACACACCCCUCUCACCUUUCCUCCUCCAAAAUGGCCGGCGUCAUCUACAACACCCUCUUCCGCCGUAACUCGGUGUUCGUCCCCACCAUCUUCCUCGCCGCCUUUGGCUUCUCCAUCGGCUUCGACCUGGCCACCACCUCGUUCUGGGACAAGCACAACGCUGGCAAGCAGUGGAAGGACAUCCGCGCCAAGUAUGUCGAGGCCGCCGAGGACUAAGCCCGCAAAUGAGUAGCGAUAGACACACUGGCGCGUAGGACGAACGCGCUGGGCUGUGUCGGAUGAGCGCAGCGAGCCAGUGCUUGCUGUCGGAGCUCUCCAGUAGAUGAAUGCAUCGUCUUAAAAGGCA